AUGGAGCUGGUGCCCAACCUCAUGGCAGAGGAAAAGAUCUUGUCCACAGAUGCUGCUGACCCCAUCCUGAAGGAGUGUGUGGGCAUGGAAGGCAAAGGAGACACUGGGCAGAACCACUGGGCGAAGCCUCCAGCAGAGCAGCUCUGUCAUUUGCAGGAUCGCAAGGUGAAUCUCCACAGAGCUCCUUGGGGCAGGUGCGUUGUUGCACCCAAGACUUUCAGUUUCCCUUAUUGUGAGGGAAUUUGCCUGGCCCUGAACAGUGAGCGCAUUCACUCCGGUUUUGAGUGCUAUAAGAGGGAGGCACCCACCUCUCCCGGUUCUUCCCGGUCUGGUCCCACGAGGGCCAGACCUUUCUCCUUGAUGAUCCAGGAUGAUGAAUAGAAGAUGAGUGUGCACCAUUUGAACGCAUCUCUGAUAGAAAAGUGUGGCUGCUCUUGA